CUAUGUGCGUACGCUGCAUGCUGUAUAAAAGCCUCUGCAGGCUGCUCUCUGAUGUUUUGUGCCGGUAGCUGCAGCUUUGAGGAAUAUCUGUAGAGCAUAUAGAAGAUUCAGCGAGCACGGAUUGCUGUCAGUGUGUAACCGCGAGCACAUAGGGCGUUGCAGUACCAUGGCUACACAGAUGUAUCUUCUCUUGCUUGUCCUUCCUAUUCUGGCAUCAGAAUCAACUUCCGUAAAUCCUGGCUGCAGAAUCCGGAUCACGUCCAAAGGGCUACAGUUUGUGAAACAAGAAGGUCUGAAGUUUGUGGAAGAAGAACUGGAGAACAUCACAAUACCAGAUCUAAGUGGCAAUGAGGGAAAGUUCACUUACGCCAUAAAUAAUGUCCGGGUCACGCACCUGCAUCUUGCCCUCUCGGAGUUGUCGUUCCAGCCGCACAAGCAGCUAGUGCUUGACAUUAACAAUGCUUCCAUCCGCCUGACCUUCCAGCGCAAGCUACUCUACUGGCUCUUUUAUGAUGUGGGAAUGAUAAAUGCCUCUGCGGAAGGUGUACAUAUUAAAACUGAGCUAGACCUUACAAGAGAUGCAAGUGGACGGCUAAAGAUUAGCAACAUGACCUGUGAUGCUUCCAUCAACAGAAUGCAUGCUGGAUUUAGUGGGACUUUAAGGCGGGUGUAUGAGUUUCUUGCAACAUUCAUAACUACAGGAAUGAGAUUUCUCUUGAACCAGCAGAUCUGUCCAGCACUCAGACAUGCGGGAAUGGUUCUUCUGAACUCUCUACUGGAUACAGUACCUGUGAGAAAUGCCGUUGAUGAUUAUAUUGGGAUUGAUUAUUCACUCCUUAAUGAUCCAGAUGUGUCACAAGACAGUAUGGACAUGGACUUUAAGGGUAUGUUCUUCCCGCUAGAUUCACCAAAUGUUUCAAUCCCCAACAUAUCACCCCCACUGCACAUAAAGCAGCAGGAGCGCAUGGUGUACAUAGCUCUUUCAGAGUACUUUUUUGACUCUGCUAUGUAUGCUUAUUACAAGUCGGAUGUGCUCAGUAUUGAAAUCACAGGUGACAAGAUGCCCAAAGACCUAGAAGUUUUGUUGCGUACCUCAUACUUUGGAAGCCUUAUGCUACUGGAUCCUUCUGUAGCUGAGGCCCCUAUGAAGAUGGAACUGAAAGUCUCCACACCGCCACGCUUCACUAUCAAGCCUUCAGGGACCAGUGUUUCGGUUAACUCCAUCCUAGACAUUUAUCUUACUCCAGAGAACCAGCCUCCUGUGCAGCUUACAAGUAUGACCAUGGAAGCUCGCCUAAACGCCAAAGUGACACUGAAAAAGAGGAGCUUACAAGUCCAUUUAGACCUCCGGAGGUUCAGAAUAUACUCAAACAAAUCAGCCCUGGAGUCCCUAGCACUCAUUCCUCUCCAAAGCCCACUAAAGACCCUUCUACAGUUGACUGUGAUGCCCAUCCUUAAUGAGAGAACUAAGAGAGGCGUUAGCAUUCCUUUGCCAGAGGGGCUGGACUUCACACGUGAAACUGCUUCACAUCAAAUGGGAUUUAUUCUCAUUGGUGGAGACCUGCACUUCUCCAUGAGUCUGCGGGAAGUCAUUGACAAAUAUCGUCCAUCUCCUACCAGUCCAGCAAGUACGACCCCUGGACCCAAUGAGUCCAUUUAAAUUCCUCUGAGCCUGAAUUCAAAAAUGAAUGGAACAAUGGGACGCAAAAGGAUGCAAGGAAAGAAAUCUAAAAGAAUGGGAAGAAAACACAAGGGAAUGAUAAAGAAUACAAGUUAGUUGGGUGAUACUGAAUCAGGUGUGCUUAGGGAGUACAGAAUGGAGUGGUCUCAGUUACACUGCUUACUUUAAUAGUAAGGAAGGUAAGGUUGGUGAAGACUUCUACAAAACCUCCAAUCUGCUUCUGCUCAUUCUCAUAAUAGUACCAGGGCCGAUUUUGAACCUGCAACUGCGCACAGAAGAAAGAGUAUCACACACCAGGAACGAUAUCACACAAACACACACACACACACACAUGCUUAAGUAUCUAUAUUACUUUAAUAACCUUAUAAUAAUGCAAAAUUACACUAAGUUAAAAGGCAUCUAUGCAAGAGUCAGCACUCCAAGACCUGAGCUAUUACUCCCAAUAAUAGCUGUCCAAGACACUCCACUGAACCUUCUGUCUCCCGCAUAUAUAUAUAUUUACUUACUGGCUGGUUCAGAGAGUGCACAAACCAGUUAGCACCCAGAAAGUUACAGGCCAUGUCCACAUCUCCAUAAUACAAUAAGAUACGGUAUUUCUAUAAAGAAAAAAGAUUUCCAGUUACUUUUAUAUAUCACUGUAAACCACAUUUAAAACAGAACACAUAUGAUGCAAAACAAAGUCACUAUUUCCUAGUGUUGAUGUUACUUGCAAAGAUCAAAUGUAUCAAAAGCCAGAUGUCUAUGUAUAAAGCAGAAUGUGUAUCUAAACAAACACACCUGAUCUCGGUUUCUGGUGCUAUCAGUUACUCUCUUCUAGGGCCAAUGAUCAAAAACUCCCCGGCAUGGAGAGAAAUCAUGCAAAACCUUCGGGGGCUUUUUUUGAGCAUUAUAUUGUAUUGUCUGUGUCUCUUCCUCACAUCCAGGACUCUGUAUAGCUAUAUAAACAACUCUUAAGAUAAAAUGUGCCUUUCUAAAAUGUAUUUAGGGGCCUCACAUUACUGAAGAAACCUCUAAGAUCAUUAGGCCCCCAGUCUAUGUCACUUUAUCCUUGAAUUAAAAAAAUAGGUUUUGGGAAGGGAAUAAGUAGAAUAAGAGAUUUAAAAUGAACCCUCCAACCAAUAGACAAGCAGCUGAAAAACCAGUGUGUAGGUAGUUGUGGGACGGGGCAAUGUGGGCAGUCACAAUGGAUACAUGUAAACAAAUCUAAAUACUUCUGCACACAGGGAUGUGAUGUGUCUUUCAGUGCAUGACAGGCUGUACAAUUAAAGAAAAGGGAAAAUGAUAGGAUUGUGAAGAACAAUUAAGUAACAAAACACAAUUUCCAUGGCAUGCUCAGUGGUAACUCCUCCUUCAUUUAAGUAAAGGGUUAAAAUCAGAAAAAUGAAUUUGUUACCUUUAUUACAUUAUUAUUUAACAUUACCAGUAAGCUAUAUCUAGAUGUAUAUAACCGUAAAUUAACUAUAUAAUGUUUGACAACUUUUCUCCCUAGUCUAGUCUUGUAGAUGUUCUGAAAUUCAGAUGAUAAUACCCAACUGCAUUCCUGGACUUCAUCAUUGUGUCAAUGUAUAAGGUCUUUGAAAAGACCAGCUGAUCUUGCUCCCCUUGGUGGCUCUAGGGGGAGCUAAAUCCUUAUUUUAUCACUACCAACUUUUAAAAGUGCCAACAACUAUAUAAUGCUUGUAUUGAAUUGAAUUGAACAUUUUCUUAUUAAACUAUUGCUCACCUUUACCUAUGUGUUUAACCCAUGCAAAGGAGUUAAACACAUAAAGUCAGUGCCGGGCCAAUAAUACAUUACUGGUGUUGAACAUUACAGCUGCCAAUCACUGGCGGUGUUCAGCUGAGGAUCAGCAGUGUAUUGUUUGCCUGGAGCUGACUUUAGCUAGUUUAAUUCAUUUGAGGAUUUAAAUACAUAGCUAAGAGUACAAUAAGGACAUUCUCUAAUGCAUUAGAGCAUUUUCUUUUUUCUGCUAUAUGUCAAUUUCAAUAAGGAAAGAAACAGACUGCUGCAUAAGUACAGUUGGAAUUGAAACUUCAUUUUAGAGCAUCAUAAGUCUGCAGAAACUGGCCAAAUUUACUGACUCAGACGUGAAUUCAUACAGAGCCUAAUGACUGAUGUUAUCUCCAGCGUCAUCUGCAAGUGACAAAAUAAAGCCAUAUUUUAUAGUCAGGAACAAGAAUGUAACUCUGAAAAGAAAAUAUGGAAAUGAAAAGAAGGAUCUAUUGGUGCUUCCAGACACAAUCUCUAAAAAGAUGGAAAGGCCCUACCUAAAGCAGGAGAGACUCUUCACUGUCCCUCGAUUUUGUUUUAUAUGUUCUGCAGUUCAUGGUUUAUAAUUUCUUCAAAACAAUGUGUGCAUUUUAGACUCUGCUUCAAUAAAGCUUGAAAUUAAAAAUAAAAAAAAUGAAAAGGCCAAAA